CUGCUCCGUUGAAAAGUAUGAAACACAGCGUUACCUCAUCCGUGGCGGCGGGAGGCACCAUGCGGACUGCGCUGCACACCUGGGAAGCCAAGUACCUGCACCCCGACGAUGACGUGCCCCUCACCUUUGACUGCGAGGGGCCUGGGGGCGAGGAGCGGCCUGGCGCGGGGGAGGCACAGGGCGCAGAGGAGCAGAAACUGAGCCAUGUAGCUGAACUGGUGGCUGCUGGAAGCUACGUGGAGGCCCUGCAGGAGCCCCAGUGCCAGGAAGCCCUUGGCAGGGGGCAACAGCGGGUUGCUGGGACCAGUCUAGUGCAUCACUACAAGGCUGCCUUCAUCACUUAUCUAGAGGAGGGCAAGGCAGAGCAGCAGCAUGUAGUUCUUUGUGUGGGGCUAUGCUGUCUGCAGCUUUUCACACAGAACAACUUCACAGGCCCCCAGCUGGGGCCCCCACCUGCCUCUUUGCUCCCAGGACUGGUACCAGAUGGUGUGGAGGCAACAGCAAUUAGGGAGGAGGCACUGGAGGCCCUGGUGGGGGACACAGAGGGGAUGUACAACCUGUUAGAGGGACCAGAGUACCUGUUGGUGGCCAGAGUGGCAUUGGUGGAGAUGAGGCCACAGCUUACUGCCUGCCUCACCCCGGAUUGGUGGUGCAUGCGCUGCUGCAUGGCCCACCAGCGUGUGGCUGACGAGCGUUCCCCGAGUCUGUACGAAGAGUUGCUGUGUGCACUCAACCAGGCAGAAAACAACCCAGACCUGUUCAGUAUCUCAAGGGAGCUAACAGCCCUUUACCACAUAGAGGCUGGCCACCUCCAUCUCUACUAUUAUGACGUGGGACGGGCUGGCCAGCACUUCACAUUGGCCAGGGAGGCAAUGGGCAUGGAAAUACAGCUGACUGGGGCACUGGGAAAGCGGACUAAGUGGCAGCAGGAGGAUCGGCCACUGCUUGUGGUGGAAGUGAAGUACACCGGAAAGCCAUUGAUGGCUGGGGAGUUGCCGGGCAGCACCCUCCUACCUUCAGACCUUCCUAAGGACAUGUUGCUGCAGGAUGACACGAGGCUGCAGCGACCCAAGUUCAAGGAUCAGGAUCAGGAUGUGAUCCCUGACCUGCGCCCAGUAGAACAGGCAGUCCUGCUGGCUACCCUUACCCAUCUACGGCGCUCCUCAGCCACCGAUGUUCAGCUAGACCUGGAAACCAAAGCCUACCUGGUGGCCCUACUUCAGUACCCCAAAAACUGGUGCAUCCAGUCCUCUGCCUUGUUGCUUCGUUCCCGUGUUGAAGCCACUGAGUCCCGGGCCAUGGAGCGCUCCCUGGCCCAAAUGGAGGAAUUGGUGGCUGCCCUGGGAAGAGAGGAGCCGUCUCGGCGGGAGCGGCUUCGACUCUUUGGCGCCUCUUUAGUGCCAGCACACUGGGAGCUGCAACAGGAGUUGGCCAGGAUGCUGAUGCGGCUAGGCUGUGUCAAGACAGCCCUGGAAGUAUUUGAGCGACUUCACCUGUGGGAGGAUGUAGUGACUUGCUUCACUGAGCUGCAGAUGAGACAAAGGGCAGCAGAGGUGGUGCAGCAGCAGCUCCAGAAAGGAGAGACACCCAAGCUGCUAUGUAUGUUGGGGGAGGCAACGGAUGACACCGAAUGUUACUUACGGGCUUGGGAGCUCUCUGGCCAUCGCAGCGGCCGGGCGCAGCGCUGCCUUGGCAACCACUACUAUGUCAGGAAGGAGUAUGGCCAGGCCAUCACACAUUACGAAAAGAGCCUGGAAAUCAACAAACUACAGUUCCCAGUAUGGCAACGACUGGCUUACUGUGCCCUGCAUGAAGAGGCCUGGGAGAAGUGUGCCCAGGCAUACAGACGAUGCAGUGUGCUGGAGCCUGAUAGCUUUGAGGUUUGGAAUAAUAUGAGUCAGGCCUAUCUCAAACUGGACCAGAAACCUCGAGCAUGGAAGGCUUUGAAGGAGGCCCUGCGCUGCAGGAUGGACUCCUGGCGCCUCUGGGACAAUUUCAUGUUAGUGAGUACCUCACUGGGCUACAUGCAGGAUGCAUUGACUGCCUACAACCGGAUUCUUGGCCUGAAGGAACGGCAUGUCGACACGCAGGUGCUGGGGCGUGUGGUAAAAGCCAUUGUGGAAGGCCAGCGUGACCCUGAGGGGCGGGAGGCUCAGGCAUUGUAUCGCCGCUGCUCAGAGCUGCUGGGACGCCUAACCAGUGAGGUGCCGUCCCAUCCAGAACUGUGGCAUUUAUAUGGGGAACUGACGCGUGCCCACCCCACUCCUGAUCCCCAGACCCGCCACCAAGUUAUGCAGCGCUUCCGAAAGGCAGUUGCAGCCACCACCCAGCGACCUGGCUGGGAGAAGGAGACACUGGUAACAGUGGCUGCAUUGCACCGUGCUGCAGCCCUGGCAGAGGGAGCCAUGGUGGCCACGGAGGGAGCUGAUCCCAAGGCUGCUGUGACUGACCUGAACUCAGCAAGGAUGUGCAUCAACGGGGUGAUUGCUGGGGCACGGCGAGGUCAGGUGAACGUGGCAACGGGGGAGCUAGUGGAGGGAGUGCAGGAACCACUCAAGACCUUAGAGGACAAAAUGGCCACACUCAUGGCUCAUCUGGACACCCUCAGGCAACAGACAUGACCACUCUCCUUCCUUCAUAAGUCAUUCACUCCCACCAUCACCAGCAUUCCAUCUUCAUCAGUAUCAUCAUUAUAUAGUGUGUGGCAUUGUCCAUGGCCUCUGGGCUUUCUCUGGUAUCUCCUCACUUUAACAACUCCAAUACAAGCCACCCAAACCUCUAUUUCAAAGCACAAUAGAAAGCAGCUUUCAAUUGCAUGAGCAGCUAAAGUUGCAUAGACUAUUUAGAGUAAAGGAAAUUGCAACUUCACCUGCUAUAUGGUGCCCAACGAUCAGAGCAGUCUUUACUUAAGAAUGUUGUUCCUCAUUUUCAUUAUUAUGAUACCUGCUGCCAGUUUGGUGACCACAAAUGUUUUAUUAUCAUCUCUUAAACAUGUAAAUGUCUCUGUCAUCAUUGUGCAGUCAUUUGCCAGGGUGUCAGUCCAUGAAGUAGAUUCUCAGCUUGAUGUGAUUAUUAAUGUGAGUUUAUUUUCUUAUUGAAAACCUGUUAUGCCAUCUCAUCUCACUAUUGUAUAAAUGUGUUACUUUACAUUUCUUGUGUUGGGCUAUGUCCAUAUAUUAUUUUGUUUGUUUUAAUUCUGUGUAUCUUAUUCUAGUUCAUUAUAUCAACUGCUUGGGUUUUUGCAACAAAAUGUUUGCCUGCUUUGUAAUUAUUUAUACAUUUUAUAUCUUUAUAUUUUUAUCUUCUCUCAUGACUUGUUGCCUGUGAACCACCGCUGAAGUGUGGCCACUGAGUGUCCUUUUUAAAAUACAUGUGACAUUUAAU